AUGGCACAAACUGUGGUCCUCUUCCUGGUGCUCGUGUCGGUAUUGAACGCGGCUACUUCGGCCUCUCUCAAUAAACGUCAGACGGGCUUGGUAGGAGGAUAUUCACCCGCCAACGUACACGACAUCGAUGUUAAUGAGAUGGCCGAUUUCUCAAGAAGAGCCAUUUCGUCAAAAAGCAACUCCGGACCUUCAACUCUUAUCCGAAUCGUAAAAGCUGAAAAGCAAGUUGUGGCCGGUAUGAAUUAUAAAUUGACUCUCGAGAUGGAAAAUGCCAACGACGGAGUCAUUCUCUGCGACGUCAUCGUUUUCGACCAGCCGUGGACGAACACGCGUCGACUACGCGAGUCCAGUUGCAUGGCGGUUUGUACGGGCAAACAAAUUUUUUGA